GUUGAUCUCGAUGAAGUCAAUGCACUAGUUUAGCUCAUGAAUUGGAAGAUGGAUGUAGCUGACAUUCCAUACGGCGGAACAUCCGAACAUGGUGUCGUCUAUGCCACUGAAGCUCUUCUUGCUGAAUACGGAAAAUCGAUUAGGGGGUUGACAUUUGUAGUUCAAGGUUUUGGGAAUGUUGGAACAUGGGCAGCCAAAUUGAUACACGAGGAAGGUGGAAAAGUGGU